AUGGAUUUACACAUAAUUCAUGGAUCAAAUUGUCCUGAUUCAUUGAGACAUAUUGCAUCACUCUCUGAUUGGCUCAAAGAACUUUUCCUUCCUAACAUAUCAGUUUUCCUGGGGCGAGGCCAUUUCACUCACAUGGAAUGGAAACGGCUGCAAAGGUUUAACCCACCAUAUGGAUGGAUGGAAGUUAAUUAUAAUGUAAUAAAACGGGUGAUAUCCUGGCUUCCCGAUCAAACUCAUCUCUCGAUACAUAACAGAUCUUCUGAUCCACAGUGUGUCACUUGUGCUGUGGUAGGAAAUGGAGGUAUUUUAAAAGGAUCAAACAUGGGAAGAGAAAUAGAUUUGCACGAUUACAUAUUUCGGGGUAAUGGGGCUGCGAUCAAAGGAUUUGAGAAGGAUGUGGGGCAUCGAACAUCAUUUUAUGGCUUCACCGAGUCCACCGUCCGUGAAUGUCUAAGAGGACUAACAGAAAGUGGCUUCACAGGGAUUCCAGAUGAGCAGGAAACUCAUUACAUUCACUUGCCGGAGUCAGCAACAGAUUACCAUUGGCUGCACAACUUGCUAGCAAGUAAAGACAUUUAUCCUGGAGUUACAAAUGGGGACCAUGUUAUAAAUAUAUUUGCAGACAAGCUGGAUAAACUGUUCGUCCUUCAUCCAGAUUUCAUGAGGUACAUUAAAUCCAGGUUUUUCAAAUCAGAGAAUUUAAAGGGCCCUCGGUGGUGUUUGUACAGACCCAGUAUAGGCGCCACGCUUUUAAUGACAGCUCUGCACGUAUGUGACAAGGUUAAUGCGUACGGAUUCAUGACAGAAAAUUACGACCAGUUCUCUGGCUAUUACUAUGAUCGUGUGAAAAAGCCACUGAGGUUCUCAAAAGAUCACGACUUCUUCCUAGAGAGAGACCUGUGGAGAAAACUGGACUCACUUCAGGUUAUCAGACUGUAUCGUCGGACGUGAAGAAGGAAUUCCUGAGGUCACAUGACAUACAGCCAGGAUAAAACCAGUGGAGAUUCACUUAUUGUUUAUUGAGGCAGAAAAUGUGAUAUCUGUCUGUCUAUCUAUCCAGACGCUCAUCUAUCUAUCUAUCUAUCUAUCUAUCUAUCUAUCUAUCUAUCUAUCUAUCUAUCUAUCCAUCUACCUGUGGACUUUCAGAAUGAGCUGACCUUGAAUAAAACUCAUAAAACAAAACACAUAUCAUUAUCUUUAAUAUAACUGUUCUGCACAUAUACAUUUGGGAUUUUACUGGAAAAUAAUGGUGAAAAUGUGGGAUCAUGGGAUGUAAUAUACUUCUGUUAUAUACCACACCUGUCAGCAGCAUACUCACACCAGGCUACUGAUCAGACCCAUUAUCCAGCAGACCCUCUAUAAGCCACCAGCCACAUUUAAAGGGCAUGAAACACGAAAUGUUUAUUUUAUGACCCAGAUAGAACAUACCAUUUUAAGCAAUUUUCCAAUUUACUUUUAUUAUUAAAUGUUCUCUUGGUAUCCUUUAUCCUACUAGGAACUUACUGAAUACAUCUGGUGAGCCAAUAAAAAGACAAGAGGUAUAUAUCUGCAGCCACUAAUCAGCAGCUAGCUCACAGUACUGUAUUACUGAUCCUGAGCCUACCUAGGGAUGUUUUUUUAACAAAGGAUAGAAAAAAAGAGAAUGAAACAAAUGAGCUAAUAUAAGUAAAUUGGAAUGUUAUAUAACAUUGCAUGCUCUAUCUGAACUGUGGAAGUUUACUUUUGACUUUACUGCCCCUUUAAACCUCUAGCAUGGAAAAGUAAGCCAUUUUUUCCAUGUGAGAUAAUAACCCCUUUACUGCUGAGCCAUUUUCACCCUGUGCUGACCUGUUUUGGAAUUUUUAGGUGCUGCUUACAUUUAAGUCCUACACAUAUUACACUGUAUAUUGUUAAACAAACAUUAUUUUAUGUAUAUUUCAUGGCUUGUGAUAACUCUACAACAAAAUGUGGGAAAAAAUUAUAUUUGUAAUAAAUGUUUAAUAAACAAGGUUUAAAUAAAAAA